AUGUCCCACAACUAUUCAAAAAACAACCAGAAUGGCAAUGAUCCUGCCUCUGCCUCUGCCUCUGCCUCUGCCUCUGCAUCUGCCUCUGCAUCUGCCUCUGUAGCUGUUGUUGUACGCGUACGUCCAAUGGCCAAAACGGAGUUGAAGCGUGGGUGCAGCGUUGCGGUGGAGCGAGCAACGGACGGGUCGCCCCAGAUCUCGGUGAAUCGGAAAAAGUGGUUCAAGUUUAACCAUGUUUUCGACCACACUGACACGCAGAAAGAUAUUUUCGAGACCUGUGUCCAGGCGAAGGUGAGGAAGCUGCUCUAUGGCUACAACGUGACCAUCCUUGCCUACGGGCAGACCGGCUCGGGCAAGACCUACACCAUGGACACGGCCUGCAAUGGGGUGCUGGACGACAGCAUGGGCGUGAUCCCCAGGGCAGUGCACAGCAUCUUCCAGCACAUUGGACUGCUGAAGGAUGAAUACGAGUUCAGUGUGGCCUGCUCUUUCGUUGAGCUCUACCUGGAGCACUCGUUCGACCUCUUUUCCCCACGAAAGAGCCCCGUUAAAAUGCACGAGUCCGAGAACCGCAUUCUCAUGCCUGGUCUCACGAAGCUGGAGGUUAGCUCCGCCCAGGAGGUAACCAGGCAUCUGAUGAAGGGCUGUGCCAAGCGGACAGUCGCAUCCACGGCGAUGAGCAGGAAAUCUUCCCGAUCCCACGCAAUCUUCACAAUCACCAUCGAGGCCAGGAAGUUGUGUGGGGGAGCAGACUCCGUGACGACUGCCAAGUUCAACUUGGUGGAUCUGGCCGGCUCGGAGCGCUGCACCAAGACUUUGGCCAGAGGCGACCGCUUCAAGGAGGGCGUCAACAUUAACAAGAGUCUCCUGGCCCUGGGCAACGUCCUGAACGCCUUGGGCUCCGCUCAAACUCCGCCUGCACACGUUCCCUACCGACAGUCCAAGCUGACGCGCUUCCUGCAGGAGUCGCUGGGCGGCAACUCCAUCACCCUGAUGAUUGCCUGCGUCAGUCCCUCCGACUACAAUGUGGCAGAGACCCUCAGCACCCUGCGCUAUGCGAAUCGAACUCUCCAAAUUAAAAACAGGCCGGUGAUCAACAUGGUCCCGCCUGUGGACGAGUUCGACACUCAGCAGCAGCGCAGGGAGCUUCAGGCCAGCGCAGAGUCACGCCCCAAGAGUUCCAGCGACAAUCUUUCGGGAGCGACCGAAGACCAGCAGAGUGGGGAGGAUGGUGGCGGUGGCGGUGGCGGUGGCGGUGGCGUUGUCGAUGCCCUAAUGGAGCAGAUGGAGGAGAUAAAGCUUGCCUUUCACGAUCUGCAGAUGCACAGCCAGGAGGCUCGGCACCAGUUGAACGAUGGGCGCGGGGACGAGGUACCGCUGCCCAAGCUGCUCGGCUUCCAGCCAGAGAAGAUCACCAGCGAGCAAAUGGAACUGAUCGACGAACUGCGCACCCUCAACCAGACCCUGGAGCAGAAGCAGCUGCUGUACGACUUCAUCUGCUGCAACUUCUCGGAGCAGGACUGCGACGACGGGGAAGCUGGCGCAGAUCUCCUGGCCAAGGGGCGCGUCCUGCUCAAUCAGCUCUCCAACAUGAAGGGGAAGGACACCUCGGGCACGUCAGCCGAGACGCGAGCCAAACAGAUGCAGCUGUUGCAGGAGCAGACCAUCAGGCAUCUCACCCUGGUCGAAGAGCUGAGGAUGCGCAGGGAGGAUCGCAAUAGUUUGAGCGAACUCAACGCCGAAAUGAAAUCCAUAAACGAGUCCAAGUGGCAGAUUAUCCAGCAGUACCGCCAGUCGAAGAUGGAGAGCAAUGAGCAGCUGAUCCAGCCCGAGGGCAAGGACCGUAGGCCGAAGGGAAAGAAGAUGAAAAGGUGCGAGGAUGCCCAGGCCCAGGUCCAGGCCAAGAAGCAGCUCAGUCAUAGCGAUGCACCCGAUGCACCCGAUGGCCAGCUAUCGGCACAGAACAAAGGGAAAAGCGACUCUGGCAAGUGGAUCGAUGAGGAGUUGGAUGUCAUCCUCUCCCUGGUGGACGCUGAGCACGAGAUGGCGGAUCGGGAGGCGAUUACCAACGAAUACAAUUAUGUGAGAGAGCAGCUGGCAAACGCGGACUUGGAGGAGACUAAGAAGGCCAGAUGGCUGGCGCAGAUCGGGGAGGAGCAGGAGUUGCGCAACGCCCAUUUGGACGAUCUGCAGCAGAAGGCGAGCAUCAAAGACUUGGACAGUCGCCUCCGGUGCUUCACCUCAGAGAACAUCGACGAGUUGCGAGAAAUCCACCAGAAGACGCUCAGCGCCCUCGUCCUGCAGCGGCGCCAGCAGGUGGUCUGGCAGAACGAGCAGCAGGACCUGGACGACGAGCAGAGCGCCCUGCAAGAGGAGAAAGACGAACAGAUCGAAGCCUUGACCAGGCACCUGUCCCAGGCCAAGUCCCAUAAGGAAGAGCUGAUGCAGAAGGUGAGCCUCCUGCUACGCUCCCACGAAGCCCUCCAGCAGAUGGACGAGCCUCUCAGUGAACAUUCCGGCGAGAGCGGGGAUGCACGCGACAAUAACGAAGAGUUCCCUCAGCCCACAGGCAAGAAGCGCGAAGGAGGCCAGCGGCAGAAGCGGCAGAAGCGGCGACAAUGGUUCAGAAGAGUAACCGCUCUCCACUUCGGUAGCCCAGGAUCACGGCAAGGCUAA